AUGGCACCAAAGCAGCGCAUGAAUGUUGCCAAUCAAGCUUUCAGCAAAAAUGUUGUAUCCCGCGGAAAUGUUGCCAAAUCGAUGAAGCCAGAACAAAACAAGUAUGCAGCUGCCCCUUGGCUUAUUGGCGUUUUUGUGUUUGUCGUUUGCGGUUCUGCCAUCUUUGAGGUUUUUAUAGUUAAAAAUUUUAAUCCUAGUCUUCUAAUGUUUUCUAAUUUUUGUUAA